AUGGAUCCAGGAUGGAUGAUCGUCCGGAACACAAGCGCCCGUCGCCACCACAAACGAACCAGUCAUCACGAUUGGGGCGUAAAGUCCCCUCAACUCGUCAAGUUUACACUAUGGACACCACUAAAGUACCUGACAUGCAUUCGAUACAUCAUCCAAGUACCCCAUCGCAAUGUCCACUUUGCUCCGACAGACUUCAAGCGUACAGUAGACUUGACUAGUCGACCCAGGGCCAAGAACCCAAAGAAAGGGAACAUCUACGAGUGCAACACCGUCAGCAUCAACUCCACCCUUCAAGCUCCACAAUUCCUUCAGACCAUCAUCCGGGAAGUCAUCCGCGAGACGUCCAAGAAAGCCACAGCGCGGCAGACAAAACCCAAGAAGAGCGGGACGCAUAGCAAAAAAACUAGCAUCGACUAG